CCCCGCACACCCAAAAUCCUAAUGCUCAUAGGCCUCAAACUACUACAGAACAGUCCUUUCCGGAUUCAAAUACUCUCCCCUAAUCCAAAUCCUAUUGAGACUCAAAACCCAAAUUUCUUAUUAAUACACACUUCAACCCCUCAAACCCCUGAGAAAAACAGAGAGAGACCGUAAUCACAGCAUGACGUCCUCAAGAAGAUCAAGAGCAAGAUCAGAGCGCAGAGCGGCGAUUUCGCGUUCAAAAUCUCUUCCCCUGGAAAAUAUUCUCCUUCGACCUCUGCCUCCUCCUCUCAUCUUCGGAGCCGAGUCGACGCGUGUCAAUCUGGUCGAGGCCCAAUGGGUCCUGGGUUACCGUUUUCGCAACCCCCGGCUCCUUGAGGAGGCCCUGACCCACUCCUCGGACCGGGCCCAUGAAUCCUACCAGAGGCUUGAGUUCGUCGGGGAUGCGGUUCUUUGCCUUGCAUUCACCAAUUACUUGUAUUUGAAUAACCCCCGUCUCGGUCGCGGCGAGCUCUCGGCCCUUUGCUCCGCGAACGUGUCCAAUGAGAAGCUGGCACGUGCAGAAGUCCGGCACGGGCUUUACCGCUUUGUUCGCCGCAAUGCUGAAGAACUUGAUUUUAAGGUGGAGGAGUUCAAUUGGGAUGUUAUAAGUGAAGGACAUGGUGAAAUUGACCCGAUGACCUACAGAGGGAGUGCAAAGAAAGCUCCCAAGGUGUUGGCCGAUAUUAUGGAAUCUCUUGCAGCAGCAGUUUAUAUUGAUUCUGGAUUGGAUCUUGAGGUCGUUUGGAAGGUAUUUAGAUCAAUUCUAGCGCCCAUCACCACAUCAGAAGCUAUGAAAGAGCAAUCUAGAUCAGCUUUACACAAGAAACGCAGGAAGCACAGAUCAUUCAUUCAGUUUAAGAGCUCCAUUAAGAAGACGAAAAACAUCAUGAAGAUAUUUGUCGAUGGAAAUGGAAAUCUUGCUGGUAUAAGUUCGUCGAAACACAAACACAUUGUCAAGCUCAAUGCAACACGAGACAUGCUGCAACAACAUUCAAGCUUCGAUGAGUCCGACAACACCGAGAAUCAUAUAUCCUGCGUGUGUCACCACCAUAAGGAGAGUUUUUGCGAGCGUGGAAUGUUUAUGUGCAUGCUAGCAAAAUCUCUUCGUCUAUCUUUUGAUGUUAAAGGUGGGCCACCGUGGCCCAAUGUGGCCAAGGUCCAAUGGGCCCUGGGCUACAAUUUUUGUGACCCAAGGCUACUUGAGGAGGCCUUGACCCACUCCUCGUACCUGGCCCAUGCAUCCUACCAGAGACUCGAGUUCUUGGGAAAUGCAACUCUUAGUCUUGCAUUCACCAAUUACUUCUACUUGAAUAACCCUGAUAUCGGCCCUGGUGAGCUGACGUUCCUUCGUGGCACAAACGUAUCAAAGGAGAAGUUGGCUCGUGCAGCAGUUCGGCUCGGACUCUACCGUUUCGUCCGUUGCAAUAAUGAAGAACUUGAUCAUAUGGUGCAGGAGUUCAGUCGGUCUGUUACGACUAAAGGACACAUCGAAAUCGACCGGAUGAGCUACGAAGGAAAUACAAAGAAAGCUCCUAAAGUAUUGGCUGAUAUUAUAAAGUCUGUUGCUGCAGCAAUUUAUAUCGAUUCCGGAUUGAAUCUUGAGAUCGUUUGGAAGGUAUUUAGAUCAAUUUUGGCGCCAAUCAUCACAAGAGAAACUAUGAAAGUACAAUCAAGACAGCUCUACACAAGAAAUCCCAAAAGCAAAUAGAAUCUACUAAGUUCAACCAUUCGGUCAAGAGGACGAAAAACAUCAUGAAGGUGUUCCUCAAUGGAGACCUCAUUAGCAUAAGUUCUUCAAAACAAAAACGUAUCAGAGACACGCUGCAACAAGCUUCGAGCUUUGAUGAGUCUGAUAAUAUCGAGAGUGGGAGCUCCGAUCAAGAUUGUUAUUGGCAGUGCUGUGGAGGGGAGUGCACGAGUUUGACGAUUGAUCAUAAGAACUAGGGGGAGUGCAAGAAUGAUUGUAAGGAGGGGAGUUUUUGUAUGUAUGGGAGCUUUUUAAAUCCAAUGUUUAGAGAAAGUUACUAGUGUUUUAUUUUGUAAAUGGUUGAGCCUCUUGUGGAGCGGUGUUUUUUUAA